AUGGAGGAAGGUCGCUGCGCCUACUGCAUGCUGAUCGUGUUCGAGUACUGGGUGCUGAACGUUAUCCCGGCGCCUGUGGCAUCGUCGGUGCCCCUGGUACUGCUGCCACUUUUGGGCGUUAUGGACCCGAGCCUCGCUGCCGGACAUUACGUGAACGAGACGAUGCUGUUCAUCGUGGGCGUGGUCCUGCUCGCACUCGCCAUGGAAGGGACGAACGUGUACAGCCGCGUGGCGCUCGCCAUUCUGGGCGCGGGCGGCGCCGGCGUCAAGGCCGUGUUCACGGCGCUGAUGGCGCUCGCCUUCUGCGGCACACUAAUCUUCGAGAACGUCCUCUCUACGCUUAUCGUGAUGCCCGUCGUCGAGUGCACCAUGGUUGAGAUCGAGAACGACGCCCUGACGAGCGCUCGGCGACGACGAAUGCUGCGCAAGGCUUCGAUUCUGGCGCGCCUCGCGAACCAGCCCGAAGUGGAGCUGUCCAACCAGCGGCUGCCCGCACUCAUGGGCUCGGUACCACAACUGGUCAGCCCCGGAGGGAUUCCCCAAUUGUCUCGUCGCAGCAGCCGCGACAUCUUGUGGACACCCGAUUCGGGACAGUCAUCCACCUACGGCAAAGGAGCAUUAGGUUCUCGUAGAAGAAGCAGCCUGAUCUCAGUCGACUUCGCUGCCAAGUUUGAACAAGAGUCGAAGAAGUACCUGCAGAUCCGGCGAGUCCUACUGCUGUCCGUCGCCUACUCGGCAACUCUAGGCGCCGUCGGUUCAGUCUUCGGCAAUCCAGCCUCCCGGGUUCUCCGCACGGUGCUCGAAGAGUAA